UCUGUUUCAAAACGGGCAUGCCCUGCAUUGGACCUUAGCCCUAAAUUUCGUUCCCAAACCUCGCCGCCUCCGUCCUCCCAUCCGAUCCCCUAGCCUCUGCUUUGGAUCUGUUGACGGACAUGGCGGUUUCCUCCUGGGUUCCACCUUCUCUUCCCGAGUCCGGCGCCUCAGGCUUGGUCCUCCUCGACAAGUGUUGCUACAUCGCCGACCUCCGCAACGACACCACGGCCGAGAGCACCACGAGCGGCGGCUUGCCUCUCAAGGUGACCUUCCGCGCCGCCCGCCCGCCACUCGUCUCCCACUUCUGCGUCUACUGCCCUGGCCUGGACUUCCGCAGCAAAGGGCCCCCCAAGAUUGUCGCCACCGACGCCGAUCUCGUCCUCCUCUCCGUUCCCGCCGUCGACCCCAACAGCAGCAGCAGAUUCGACAGGGACUACUUCGUGUACAGCACUCGCGCCCCGUGGCUCCAUCUGCUUCCGAACCCGCACCCCAGGCGACUCCACCACUCCUCAACCGCCCUCAUCAGCCGCCAAGCCGGCGCUUCCUAUGCCGUCGCUGCCCUCGGCAUCUGCUCCUCCCUCUACGACGGCGACACGCUCCUCCGGUGGGAGUUUGACCUCCACCUCUACAGAUCCUCAGAUUCCAAAGGCUGGAUCUCCAAGCGCUUGUCAGUAAACGGGUUGGAGAGGGACAAGCUUAUCCCAUUACCUCGAGGAGUCGACAGGCUGUACCACGAGACGGGGAAGACCAUCACCGUCGGUGGUGACCACGGCACGGUCGCCUGGGUGGACCUCUGGCGCGGCAUCUUCUUUUGCGACGUGCUCAAGAAACGCCCACGGCUUCGGGACGUCCCGCUGCCGGCGCCGGCGAGACGUAACUGGGAACGCCUCCUCAGAAACUCUGACCCCGGCUAUCUGCGGGACGUGACGAUCAGCCGAAACAAAGACUCGAUCAAGUAUGUCGAGUUGGAAUUCUUGGAGUCGAUAAAAGAGCUGGAUGCCACCGUCCCUGAUUCCUACGCUGACUGGGUGCGCAAUAGGUCGAGGAAAUCCCAGGUCAUCGUCCGUGAUGGCUGGAAGUCCACGACAUGGAACAUGGCGAUACCGGCUGGUUCUUCUUCAUGGCGCCGUGACUGUGUACUUGACGUUAAAGACGUCGGCUUGGAGGAAGCUGGUGACCCAUGUCUUUCUCAUCUCAUGGCUAUGCUGAGCGGCAAGACCAUCAAGGAACUUCCGGUGGGAUACCCCAUCCUAAGCAUGGAUGAUGAUGUCGUUUACUUGCGUUCUGAAACCAGAGUACCCAGGCACAUGGAGAAGUUGGCACUCAUGUUUUCUAUUGAUGUGAGGAAGGCAGAAUUGCGAGGAUGGGCUGAGCUUGAUGCCAAGAAGAGUAGCAAUUUCUUGCCCGCCUUCUGCACAAGUGAGAUCUGCAGGGGUACCUGAGCAAUACUCCGUAUUAAUUAAGGUAGAAGCGAAGCACUGAAGCGAAGCUGAAAAGUACGUAGCUCUUUUUUCUUGUUUUGAGUUGAUUUAUGAAAAUAAUGUGUAGUGCGACUA